AUGUUGGUAAGAUGGAGUGGAUCCAAGGCCGCUGGAUUCGUUGCAAACAACGUUUGCGGCUGUAACAACGGCACCAUCCAACACUCUCACUCUCAACCAAAACACACUUUUAUUUUGUUUUCGCAUUCUAUUUAUCUACCAAUCUAUCUCUUUCUCCAGCUUUUUUCCCAUUUGCAAACUCGCGCGUGCGACUCACUCUCCGCUGCAUGCUCUUUCUCUCACGCUUCCCCAAUUCAUGCUCUCUUCACUCUCUUCAGGUUCCAAUUCCAAGCCCCCUUCCUUUUUUUUCCCAUGCAAAAAUUCACGUGCAAGACUCGUUCCUCUAUUGGGUCUCUCAAAAUUAACUCAAGUUCCCGACUUUCGGUAUUAGGCUAUUUAUGGCGGUGCAAUUGA